AUGGAAAAGAUAGAUACUUCAACCAAUUCCAAGAGGAUUCAGGACCCAUACCUCAAAGUUGUAAAAGGAGACCCUAGUACUUCCUUUGUUGUUUACUCAGUAGACAAAAAUGCAACGUUGGAUGUUUCUGAAACGGGAAAUGGAUCUUUGGAUGAAUUUGUUGAAAACUUCACUGAUGGACAGGUUCAAUUCGGUUUGGUAAGGGUUACUGUCCCCGGGUCUGAUGUGUCCAAGAAUAUUUUGGUGGGUUGGUGCCCAGAUAAUGCCCCAACUAAAUUGAGAAUGUCGUUUGCAAACAAUUUUGCUGAAAUUUCGAAAAUCUUUAGCGGAUAUCAUAUUCAAAUUACUGCUAGAGAUCAAGACGACUUGGACGUUGAUGAUUUUUUGAACCGAGUUUGUGCAGCCGCUGGUGCAAGAUAUUCGACUGUGUCUGGUGGCACCACCAAAAAACCAACUAACGUCUCCAAACCAAUUGUUUCAAAGCCAGUAUCAACUACUGGUAAACCAUCCUUUGUUCCAAAAUCUACUGGAAAACCAAUUACUUCUGUGCCAUCUGGUCACAAACCGAAGCCUCAAUCUAGCGACGAUGGAUGGGGUGAUGCUCAAGAUGUGGAAGAACGUGACUUUGAUGAAAAGCCAUUGGAAGAUGUACCUUCCACUUACAAGCCAACUAAGGUUAACAUCGAAGAAUUGAGAAAACAAAAGUCUGACACUGUUAGUUCUGCUCCAAAGUCCAAGUUUAAUGCUUCGCAAGACAAACCAGAAGAGGAAUCUCCAAAACCAUUGAGUGAACGUAUGAAAGCUUACGAACAUGAUGAUGGUAGAUUGACCUCACUUCCGAAACCAAAAGUUGGUCAUUCAGUUGCUGAUAGAUACAAAGCAAACGCAACACCAUCGGGAGCACCUUCGUUCGGAGCUAAGCCAACAUUUGGUACAACCAAAAAUGAUAGAAGCUAUAAAGUUGUUGGCGGUUUGUCAAGAAAUUUUGGAGCCGAGAAUGGUAAAACACCAGCACAAAUUUGGGCUGAAAAGAGAGGUAAGUACAAGACUGUUUCUGCAGACGAAGAACCGGAAGCAGGAAAUGAUGAAAAGGAGUCUUUCCAAAGCCACGCGUCUGAGUUGGCAAGCAAGUUUGAAAAAAGCGCAAAUAUUAAUAGUGAUGACAAUGAGGAAGACGAAAAACCAGCUUCCUUACCUGCUAGAAACUUACCUCCUCCACCUGCUAGACAACCAGAACCGGAAGAAGACGAUGAAGACAAUGAAGACGAUGAAGACAAUGAAGACGAUGAAGACGAUGAAGACGAGCAACCAGCUAGAUUAGCAGCUAGAAACUUGCCUCCAUCCUUGCCAUCUCGCGAUUCACAACAAGAAGAGCCCAAACCACCUACUUUGCCAGGAAGAAACUUGCCACCAGCAAAUAAAGGAUUCGAAGAUGAUGAUGAGGAAGAGGAAGAAGAAGACGAAAAACCAGCAACCUUGCCGGCAAGAAACUUACCUCCACCACCUCCAAGACAACCGGAACCAGAGCCAGAACCAGAGGAAGAAGAGGUAGAGGAGGAUGAAGAGGAGCAGCCAGCAGCAGAGCCUAGCUCACAAAAAUCUGGUACAGUAACUGCAACAGCAGAGUACGAUUACGAGAAGGAUGAAGACAACGAAAUAGGUUUUGAAGAAGGCGAUCUCAUUGUUGAGAUUGACUUUGUGGAUGAAGAUUGGUGGUCUGGAAAACACUCAAAGACUGGUGAAGUUGGUCUUUUCCCAGCCAAUUACGUCACCUUGAAUGAAUAG